AUGGUCCAUUUAUCACCAGCGACAGAAGUGGCCAUUCGUUUACUUCCUGGCAACGAUCGCUGUGUUGAUUGUAAGGCCAUUUAUCCACAGUGGGCAGGUGUCUCUUUCGGUGUGUUGCUAUGUCUAGAUUGCGCUGGUAAACACCGCUCUUUAGGUGUACAGACGAGCUUUGUCAAGUCUUUAGUCAUGGAUUCAUGGUCAGAAAGUGAAGUGCGUUCACUGGAAGUGGGUGGCAAUGCCAAAUGGAUUGCCGUGUGCACCGGAAUUGGUAUUUACGAUAGUCCCAUGGAGAAAAAAUACUCUUCAAGCGUUGCGAAAGCUUACAAAUAUCAAGUGGCUCUGGCUGCUGCCAAAGAUCCAUCAUGUGAAUGCACACUUAAAGCCACCUCAUUUUUGGUGAUGCUUCGUGACACGGUGACUUUCAAUGAUAUAAAAUCUAUUUCAAAGAAAGAUUCAAUUCCAUCGCCAACAAUGACUACAGAUAUGUCACAGACAAGUGAUCCCUUAGAUGGUGAAUGUGUCAAGUGUACAACGUGCUGCUCGAUGAUAUCACUCAAUCAAUUAAAUGGGCACUCGAAAUCUUGCUCUGUCAGCACAUCUGAAAAUUUAAAUUGGAGAAAAUAUGAGCGAAAGUUCGGAGCUCCCGAUGAACCGCUAGGUUUUACUCUGGUAAAAUCUACGAAUAACUUUGCAGAAGUGUCUCGUAUCAUUCCUGGCGGUGCUGCUGAACAAGCCGAUGUCAUUGUUGGUAGCUUGUUGAUUGGUUUAAACAAUACGAAGAACCUCAACUUUGAUGAUGUUGUUGAUAUGCUUCGAUCACUUCCACGCCCGCUGACUUUCCAUUUUGUCUUCCGUUCACACGUUGCUCCAGAGAGUCAAACGAUUAUCUCUUCCAUUCCAGAGCCUAGAACGGUGGAGAUCAAAGUUACGUUGCACGAGAAAGAAGAGCUGGGCUGUUCGCUAUCCACGAAUGUUAACUGCUUUGUUCGAAGCGUUGACGAAGACUCAAUUGCGAAAAAUCACGGCAUUCUAGUUGGCUCUCGCGUAGUAGCGGUGAACGGUCAAAAGUUUUUGAAGCCGAAAGAAUUAAUCCAUGCAAUUUGCACUGCGCAGCGACCAAUUGAAAUAACGGUGCAUCGGGUGGAAGGAUUGAUGAGAGGGUGGAGCAAAUAA